GAACCAGCUCUCUGUCACUCUGGUGCCCUGGUCCCAGUGACACUGUUGGGACAACACGGGCGACUCCUCCACUCGGCAGGUCAUCUGCUGCGUGGUUUGACUGAGCAUCUUGGAUUUAAAAAAAAUGGCCGUCCAGUACACCACGCACAAAUACCUGUGGAUUUAUGUUUUGAAUUAUGAGAAACUGUAGAAUCAAACAAAAAUGGAAAUCCCACCUGUGGUGAAUUUGGAGGGAAGUCCGUUUCGGACAGUUUUAGGAUCACACGCUUUUUCAGCACAAGAGUCGUGCUUAGAUAACGGCUCACCGGACCACGGAGGGGACGAUUGUCCCCCUGGACCACAAACCCACUCGCUGUUGGUGUCGGCUCCAGACGGAACCAAGCUGAAGAAGAGUUUCGCCUUUGUCAGCCAUAACAAUGUUGAAUUUCUCGAGGCUGUGAGCUCCCAGCAGCCUCAGCAAGUGAUUCCUGUAGGCGCUCUUCUGGACCCCAGUCCGCUGGCCUCAGAUCAGGUUCAUGAAGCAGGUACUGGGUCCACCUCACCUAGCUCAAAUGAAGACUGCUGCUAUGACUCUCCACUUCCUGUACCUGUCACAGAACGCCAGUCGGACCAGGCGGUUCCUCAUCAGACUGGUCAGACGGCGGACUCGAACUGUGAAUGCAUAAAAACUGAAAUCAGGAAUUUAGAGCCAAUCUCAAAUGGCCACGUGAGUCGACCUCCGGGGGCCACGUGCUCCAUCCUCAGCCCAGACUCCACUGCUCCCCUUGUUGUCCCCGCACCCGUCCACGAUUCAGGCCGGAGGUUCCUGGAUCUCCCGCGCAUUGUAAAGCACAAACUCAGCUCCAUCACCUUUUCCAACAACGCUUGCGCAGCUGCCACCGAAACCCACGCUUUCGCCAGCGAGAGCUCUGAUGAUGGAGCGUCUUCACCAGAGGAGGAUGAGGAGGAUGAGGAGGAUGAGGAGGAACACGGUCAUGACGAUGGUGACGAUGACGACGACGAUGACGUGUUCCCAGAGCUGCCUCAGAGCAGAGAGCUCCAUGUCGGUUACAGACACAGGAGAGAUGGCAAAGCCAAACAGAAGAGGAGAGGAGCCGUGGGCGGACGAGCAGAAGCCGACCACAGAAGCAACGGACAUGAAGCAGAGGAGGAAACCAGCAGUAAGGAGGUCAAGUCUCCCUGGUCAGAAUCAAUGAGCCAGCUGAUGAGGAAACUGGACCAGCUCAACCUGGACAUAGAGGAGGCCCUUAGUGCCAGCUCGUCUCCCUCCAACACGCCCUGCACCGCCCGCAAGAAACAGUGCGGUGCCGUUUCAAAGUCCACUCUCCACCGAGCCACGAACGACCUGGUUCUCCAAAGAGACGGCACAGGGGAAUGUCCGAGCCGAGCCGGACCUUCUGCUCCUCGCAGCGCCUCAGUGGGAACCAGAGCAAGGAGCAAGAAGACGAUGUUCAAUAAGAUGACCGAUGCAGCAGGUGCAGAAAUCGAGGCUAAAGAGGCGUGCGACUGGCUGAGGGCAGCAGGAUUUCCCCAGUAUGCUCAGCUCUUUGAAGAUUCCCAAUUUCCCAUUGACAUUUCUCCUGUGAAAAGAGAUCACGACUUUCUGGACAAAGAUCUCGUGGAACCUCUUUGCAGGCGACUCAACACCUUGAACAAGUGCGCCUCUAUGAAACUUGACGUGAACCUUCCGAAGAAGAAAAGUGAAGACUCUGAUGAAGAAGACCUGUUUGCUAUCAGUGACAAAUGGACCUUUGAGUGGAGCAGCCGACGCUGGUCCAGGUUACAGGACAUUGACUGCCUACUGGGAAGAGAGGGUCAGCCCUUCAGGGAAGGAGUGCCUCUAAGAACCACCACCAGUAGUGAGAGCGUUCUAACAGACCUUAGUGAGCCAGAGGUCUCUUCUUUGCACAGUGAGAGCAGCGGGGGCAGUGGCCACAGGGGCCUCAGCACAGAGGACUCAGACUGCUCCAACCGCACCUGCUCGGAUUCUGCUGCGAUGCCAGACUCCACUUCUUUCACAAUGCCUCAAAUCCCCAAAGAAAUUGCUUACUACGACUCACUGUCUGACAAGCAAGUUAAGACGAGCCGCAUUCGUGCCAAAGAUUUCCUGAAGCGCAUGGAGACACUCCGCUCUCGAGGAACUCUGGGAAGAGGUCGUAAGACAUUAGUCAUCAGUUCUCCAGUUCUACAGGAGGAGGCCCAGGCACUGAAGACUCUGCAUUGUGUUGAAAUCAUAAAUGGAGAUGGUGGAGCUCCAGAGUCACUGUCCAACAAAGUUCCUCCGUCCCAGUGUGGUAGCGAAGGUAGCAGCCAUUCUAGUGGCAGCGCUGUCAGCACACCCAGCUUGAAAGAGCAUAAGCCUCAUCGGUCGGACUUCAAACGAAGUGGCAUGUAUUUAGAGGACAUUGACAUCUUCUCAGAAACCCAAAUGAGUAAAGUCGCAGAACAAAACCGCAAGAAUGAAUUCUGCUCAUAUGAAGACCUGGUGGUCCACAUUCCUAAAGACCACAAGCCAGGAACCUUCCCAAAAGCACUAUCCAUAGAAAGCCUGUCCCCAACCAAUGGGGCCUCUAUUAACUGGCACACGGGCAGCAGGCACCUUGACUCCCCACUAAUUUCAUGCAGAAAGGAAUCCAGGCCUGUCACACAGUGCUGCUCUAGAGGUAGCCGCAUCAGCGUGUAUGAUAAUGUUCCUGGCUCACAUCUGUAUGCCAGCACUGGAGACCUGAUAGACCUGGAGAAAGAGGACCUCUUUCCUCACCUGGAUGAUAUCUUGCUGCAUGUCAACGGUCUACAGCAGAUAGUGGACCACUGGUCUAAGAAUGUGUUACCUGGAGGAGAGGGGCUGGCACAGAUGGAUGGCGAUAGGGAGGAUACGGUGGGGCUCCAGUCGUCUAGUCAGAUCACACUGGACUUUGAGGGAAAUUCUGUCACAGAGAGCCAGACCACACCGAGUGAACGGGACAGAGACAGGGCAUCACUUGCUGACACAGAAUCGACAAGGCUCAGGGAAAGGAGGGACUCAGGAGUAGGUGCUUCACUCACACGACCCAAUCGGUUACGAUGGCCCAGCUUCCAGAUAUCAAAUCGUCUAAGUCACUCUGUAGCAUCCCUGCAGAUUACCAACCAGUCUGCAGGCCAGCUGAGUUUGUUGCAGAAGUUUUCUUUGCUGCGUCUCACUGCAAUCAUGGAGAAGUACUCCAUGUCCAACAAGCAUGGCUGGACUUGGUCUGUGCCAAAGUUUAUGAAGAGAAUGAAGGUACCAGACUAUAAGGAUAAGAAUGUGUUCGGAGUCCCUCUCAUUGUGCAUGUGCAGCGUUCAGGACAACCCCUGCCCCUCGGCUUGCAGCAGGCCUUGCGGUACCUACGGAGCCAGUGUCUUGACCAGGUGGGUCUCUUUCGUAAAUCAGGGGUGAAGUCUCGAAUUCAAGCUCUGAGGCAGAUGAAUGAGAGUUCUCCAGAUGAUGUGAACUAUGAGGAUCAGUCUGCGUAUGAUGUGGCUGACAUGGUUAAGCAGUUCUUCAGGGAUUUACCCGAGCCUCUGCUCACCAGCAAGCUGGGGGAGACCUUCCUCCAUAUUUACCAAUAUGUGCCAAAGGACCAAAGGUUGCAAGCUGUCCAGGCAGCCAUCAUGCUGAUGUCAGAUGAAAACCGUGAGGUGCUGCAGACGCUGCUCUGUUUCCUCAGCGAUGUCACUUCUUCUGUGGAGGAGAACCAGAUGACACCCAUGAAUAUUGCUGUGUGCCUGGCCCCCUCCCUUUUCCAUCUCAACAUACUGAAGAAAGAUAACCUCUCGCCAAGGGCCAUGCAGAGGAAGUAUGCUACUGGCAGACCAGACCAGAAGGAUCUGAAUGAGAAUUUAGCAGCGACACAAGGCCUCGCUCACAUGAUCAUAGAGUGCAACCGUCUCUUUGAGAUCCCUCAUGAGAUGGUUACUCAGUCACGUAAUUCAUAUGUGGAGGCAGACUUACAUGCACCAACAAUUGAGGAGUUGUGCAAGCAGCUUGAAGAUGAUGAUGGAACACACCAAAUGCAUAUGGAGGGGAGGCUUCAGAACCUGCUCAAAGAUGCCCGGGAAAAGUCCAAGUACUGGGUUUCGUGCAGCAGCUCUGACAACACAGAGCUCUACUAUAAGAAGGUGGGAGAUGGGAAUCCUUUGAGACAAUGGAGAGUGUCUGUGGAGGUGGAAGCUCCACCAUCUGUAGUGUUGAAUCGGGUGCUACGAGAGCGCCAUCUGUGGGACGUUGACCUGCUACAGUGGAAAGUGUCUGAGACACUGGACAAGCAGACAGAAGUUUUUCAGUAUGUCCUCAAUCGCAUGCCUCCUCACCCCAGCAGGGACUUUGUCGUUCUAAGGUCAUGGAGGACAGACUUGCCCAAAGGUGCCUGCUCCCUGGUUUCUGUGUCUAUAGAGCAUGAGGAUCAUCCUCCUGUGGGAGGGGUACGAGCUAUUGUCCUGGAGUCCAACUACCUGCUAGAGCCCUGUGGCUCUGGAAAGUCCAGACUAACUCACGUCUGCAGAGUGGACUUAAAGGGGAGGACUCCAGAUUGGUAUAACAAAGCCUUCGGUCACCUUUGUGCAGCAGAAGCUGCCCGCAUCCGCAACUCCUUUCAGCCACUCAUCGCAGACGGCCCGGAGACCAAAAUCUGAAAGUCUUCGAAAAUUGUCAGUAAUAAAUAGGGAGUCUUUCAGUCAUUGCUAACAGACAGACACACAGCAUGGACUAGACCCCAGAACUAAAGCACACUUUUUCCCUGUUUUUUUUUUCCUCAGAGUAAAAAUACUCUGGUGCUCCUCUUGCACAAUGACAAAAGAGGACAUUUUACAGGUGCUGACUAUAAUCACAUAUUGGGAAAUUAAUCAUCCUGCCGAUAUCGUUAGCAUUAGGAUUUUAUUUGCCCUAUUGUUGCUAAACCUGUAUAUUAUAAUUAUUAUCUUUGAUAAUGUCAUUACAUUACUCUUACUAUAAUCUACGAUGUCUAGGACAUUUAAGCUCUUUAAUGCUUCUGGGAAGCAUGUUAUUCAUAUUCAAGAUUUAAAGCUAUAAUUAUUAUAAUUGUACACUCAAAGGUCUGUAUAUAUAUAUAUAUGUGUGAAUAUCCUGUACAUGCAAACAAGAUGUAUAUAUUGUAUAUAUGUGAGGGGAUAAAGAGUACAUUUUGUUAAUUUACUAUAUAUUGAUUCUUUCAUGGUGCCAACCUCCCUGUUAUUCACAUGGUACAAAAUUGUAAGCUGGUUUUACUUUGCUUCAGUAUUGCCAUUUUUCAAUGGGUGUAAUUUUAUUAAACCGUGAGCUCCUAUGGUUGUGAAAAGAAUGACUUAAGGUUUGACUUGAUCAUACCUGCUUUAGGGUACAGUACUGUGCAGUGUCAAGUACAAGAGACAUCAUUUUUUUAAUAAAAAUAUCCAACUUAUGAAAUGUCA